CCUUAUCCGUCUGUCAAUGUGAAAUUCUGUCAAAUUCGAAUUACCCUCUCGUGAAUAUUUUUAAAACGGCAAUAAAAGUGAAAAAUGAGGACAUUUAAUCAUGUAAUUAUCUCAUUUAUAUUCUGUAGUGCUCUGGGGCGAGAAAACGACAAAAAGUGAGAGAAUAACAAAAAGUGGAGUGAUGAGUCAUGUGAAUUUGGAAAUUUGUCAAUAAUAAUUACAUAAAUGUCAUGAAUUACUCGUGACUGGAUUUAAUUAAGAAAAGUCCUGAAUUCUUCCUGGAGAAGGAAUCAUAAAGUUGAAAAGAUGUAACAGUGACUAAAAAAGGACUGAUUUCUGAUAUUGCGAAUAAAGGGACAAUUAUUUGGAGAGGUCAGUGAAAAAAUGGGUUCGCAGAGAAAUGCGAAUUUGCCGAACCGAAAUUCGCAGAGGUCGACGCUCUUGAAAGUGGUGAUUUUGGGCGAUGGAUGGGUUGGAAAAACCUGUUUAAUGAACAGAUUUGUUUCAAAUCGAUUUCAGCAAUGUGGAUAUCACACGAUAGGUGUUGAAUUUCUCAAUAAGGAUAUUGAAAUUAACGGAGAAAAUUAUACGCUUCAAAUAUGGGAUACUGCUGGCCAAGAGAGGUUCAGAACUCUGAGAACUCCUUUUUAUAGAGGAUCGGAUAUUUGCCUUUUAACUUAUGCUGUCAACGACAAAAAUACGUUCAAUAAUUUGUCCUCUUGGAAAUCAGAGUUUCUUUUGUACGCUGAUAUUCAGCAGGAAUCCAGUUUUCCUUUUGUUGUUAUUGGCAACAAGGUGGACGUAGCAGAACCUGAGAAACAAGUUUCGACCGAAGAAGCAGAAUCCUGGUGUGCAGAAAAUGGAAACCUCCCAUUCGUCGAAACUUCAGCAAAAACCGCAAAAAAUGUGGAAGAAGCUUUUGGUUCUGCUGUUGCGGCUUGGAUAAAACUCGAGGCCAAAAUGGAGCGUCCACUUUUAACAGACACCGUCGAUCUCUCAAAACAACAAUCACCUCAACGUGCCAGUUGCUGUAUGCCUAUCUCAACCUCCGAAUAAUUUACACGAGCUUUCAGUAUUUAAAAAAAA